UCAUCGCUCGCGCCAGUUGCCCUGCCGUUUUCUCUUGCGGCUCCAGUUGACCUCAUUGCUCGCACCGUCGUCCUCUUCAAAGAAAAACUUGUGACGAAAGAGUUCAUGCAAGCGAUAGAGACGAUGACAAUGACAGGUGUCAGACCUGGAGAUAGGGAUCGGGAUGAAGACCCACAGGUGGAAGAUGAUGCGUACGGCGAUGAUCUCUUCAAUUUCCUAAUGGACUGCCCCCGGAAACCAGCAAAUUUAACCAAGAACAAGAGCGGCGGUAACAGCGGCGGGGGCGUUGUUCAUCGUCCUCUGAAGAAGAUGCACCGGCAGCGGGAAUGCGGGGAAGGACGAGGGAUGGAAAUGAUCAUGGAAAAGCGUAAGGCUGCGAAGCGGCGCCAGGGAAUCGAUUCAAGAUCAUUAUUAUCUAAACGAAAUCAUAAUAUGGUUCUGCCAGCCGCAGAGAUUGACCGUGGAGGGGGACACUUGGACUUUGACUUCAGCGAUUUCAGCCUCAGUCAAGAAGGAGAACCUGGUGCAACCAUGGAAAGUAUCACGGCAAUGGAGCGCUCGUACGAAUGCUACAACAAAGCAAGGUCCUGAACUGUUACUGUGCGGAGGGACAUUUCCCGGUUCAGCUGGGUUGCCUCUACUGUGUUGCCUGGUGCUCCACAGGGUUGAUGCCUGCUGCUAUGUUCCGCUUGGGGACAGUCUGCCUUCACCACGGGUCAAAGGGUUCAUGAUCCAAACCAUCAAAUACUGAGAUCCUGCACAUUGUCGAGGGUUCAGCCUCCUGAUGAGUCGGUGCAACUCCGACGAAACAGUCUGUCAUCAUCAAUUUUUAUUUUUUUUCACUUUUUGGUUUUUCAACAUAGUACUUGUACUAUGUGCCUUUUCCCUUGCUUUUUUGUGUUGUUUGUCUGCCCACCCGCCUCCCCCAUUUCCUCCACCCUAUGUGCCGUGCAACUGCUUGUUGUCCAAUGCCUUGUUGUCCCACCAUUGUUCGCCCUACUGUGUUUUGCCUUGGUGGCCAUCGCAUGACGUUCCAUGGGCAUCUCUGAUUGGCAAAAGAGAACGUCUCGGCUAGAAGGAGUAAAGUGCAUUGGUGAUC